AAGUUCAGAAACAUUUUGGACGACGACAGGCAUGUUCCCGCAGGAAUUCAUUAUUGGCUUCCCUAAAUGUGUAAAAAUCAGCAAAGUCGCAAUCCAGUGUUAUUUGGUGCGGACUUUAAGGAUUGAAAGAAGUGUCUCUAAAGACCCAGUAGGUUUUGAACAGUGCAUUGAAAAAGAUUUGCAACACAUAGAAGGACAGCUUCAAAUGGAAGAAUUUCCACUUCCUGAUUUCCAAGCCACUUACUUGCGUUUCAUCAUCAAAUCUGCAUUUGAUCAUUUUGUAUCAGUGCACCGAGUAAUGGCAGAGGGCGCAGCAGAAACCACUUAA